AGUAAUUCAGGCCAUGCGAUGACUGCAUGACUGGGGUUGGGCUAUAGGGAUAUUUGGAGUUAAAUGGGGAGAGGUAUUGACUGUUUUUAGACAUGACUGAUGAGGAAAUGGAGAUUGAUCAAGUUGUUGACCAAAUUAUUGAGUUUAUUGGGCUUGUUGAUGGGUCAGUGGAAGCAAGCGAGAUUUGAAAGAAGAAUGACACAUUUGUGAAAUUAUACACGGCAGUUUACAAGCUAGCAGAUCAUCCUGAAUAUCCCUCUUAUCUAUAUGAAUUCUACAUAAAGACAAUCUGAAAUUACUGAAAAGAAAUUAGAGUCAAAAUUUAUAAUACUGAAGGAGACAAACUCGUCGAAGAGUACACUAAAGAAUUCGAAAAAUAUAAUGUCCAAGCUAGGUGGCUAUCAAGAAUACUCAGCCCAAUCAAUAGACACUACUUAAGCUUUAACCAAAUUGAAUCUACUGUAGUAUUUGCAAACAAAGCAUUCAAAAGUAUUGUGUAUGGAGAAAUCAAAAAGAAACUUGCAGAAGCAUUGAUCAACCAGAUAGUUACGCUAAGACAUGCUGAUGACAUCAGCUGGAACCUCAAUCACAGAGUUAUCGAAUCUUUACUCAUCAGUGGAUGUGAGGGUGAAAUCAAAAUAGAGAAAGUUGGAGAAAAUUUCAAAUGGGUUGGGCAAAUAAACAACUUCCAAGAUUAUGACGAACUAUUUGAAAAUCGCUUCCUUGAAAAUUCUAAAGAGUAUUACUUGACCAUAUGCAAUGAAUGGCUUCAGUCUUUAAACAACAUUGAGUUUAUCAUUUCUGCUACUGAUAAGAUUGAACUUGAGGAACAAAUGGCAGAUAAUUACAUAAAAGACAACCAAAUACACCCAAAAACCAAGCCAAAACUCUCAAAAAUCCUGAAUGAAGUUUUCAUAGGUAAAUCUGCCGAAACCUUGAUCCAACAAGAGCAAGAGAGGCUUCGAGAAAUGCUUAGAAGCAAGAAGUUUGACCAAUAUAGUAAAAUGUGUUCUUUCUUCUCAAGGUUAGACUCGACUUUUGAGUUGAUCCUCUUCGAAAUGAAGGCUUACAUUAGCAAAUGACUAGGACAAGAAAUAAUAGAAAAUGAAGAUCUGCACAAAGACUCAGCUUUAUUUACACAAGCUAUUAUAGAUCUCAAGAAGGAGACUGACCUGAUUAUUGAAAAGGGCUUCAAAAAUAGCCAAAAAGCGAUCAGAGCUAGGAAUCAGUGAUUCAUUGAUCUAUUAGCCAAACUACCAUGUGCUUCACAAUGAUUUGCUAAACAAUGUGAUUAUUUGCUCAAGGAAGGGAUUAAAGAAAUGGAAGAUCAGGAUAUCGAGCAAAGUCUCGAUGAAAUAGUGAACCUUUUUGGGUAUCUCCAAAAUAAAGAUUUGUUUAUCAAAAUCUAUACUUUGCAUCUCUCUUCAAGAGUUUUAAAUAGGAGAAUGUUAAGAACAGAUCUCGAGAAGUUAAUGAUUGCUAAAUUAAAGGCUGAGAGUGGCAUUAAUACAUUUAUCAAACUAUCCAAAAUAGUCAGUGACAUUGACUUAUCAAAAGAUUUCAUGGAUGAGUUCAGGAAGAUUAACAAAGGGAGCACUGAGAUUGAUGGAAUACCAACCAAUAUUGAUGUUCUAACAUCAGGGAUUAUCCAACAGGGUGAUCCCUAUUCAUGAACUAUACCAGCUGAACUGUCGAACUGCUGCAAAAUGUUUGAGACUUUCUAUAAGCAAAAGCAUAGUGGAAAGCAUCUUAAAUGGCUUCACAAUUUCUCUAGUGUUGAGAUGGAAACAUUGACUUUGCUAAAAACAUACACUCUUAAGAUAUCUUGCUACCAAGCUGCUAUUCUUUGUUUAUUCAAUGGUCAUAACAGACUUACAGUUGCUCAGAUAAAAGAGAUAACAGGAUUACCUGGGGAUGAGCUUUCAAGACAACUCAAAAAGUUAUGUAACCCAAAAAUAGAGCUGAUUUCUAAGGAAAAUCUAAAGACAUCGAAAUUUACCGAUGACGAGGUUUUAGAGUUUAACACUAAAUUUUCAAAUAUGCUUCUAAAAAUCAGUCUUGCCCCCAAAACUCAGAGCUUGGGUCAGAACCAACAAAAUGCAGAAAUUGAAAACCACAUCGAACAAGAAAUCAUGAGAGACAGAACCCUCAUCUUAGACUCUAUCAUAGUAAGAAUAAUGAAGGCAAGAAAGAUUUGCAACCAUGGCCAACUCAUUACUGUCGUUCUUGAUCAGCCACUCCUUUUUAAACCACAGCCGCAAAUGAUUAAACAGUCUAUUGAAAGAUUAAUAGAGAGGGAAUACCUGAGAAGAGACCCAAAUGACAGAAGGAACCUCAUCUACAUUCCAUAAUGAUAUUAUUUAGCAAUCCCAAUAAAA